AUGACGUGUAACCGAGGCAUUCACAUUCAGUUUAUAGUUGGUACAGACAGCAUGCCAGUCAUAAUAAGUUAUGAAACCAAUAACAAAGAUGAAAUUAAGAACAGCCUUGGACAGAGGAUAUACUAUGCAGCAGAGGAUACUGCUUUGUGCACCCGAUUUUGCUAUGGAUCUUAUAGGCCUUUUAUCAUGAGGAUUCAUGAUCUUAAGGGCCAAGAAGUCAUAACUCUGAAGAGACCACUAAGGUAUACCAGCUGUUGUUUUCCCUGCUGCCUGCAGGAGAUAGAAAUCUAUGCUCCUCCUGGUAUACCAAUAGGUUAUGUUACUCAGACCUGGCACCCAUAUCUGCCAAAGUUUACACUUCAAACUGAGAAUAAAAAGGAUGUUCUAAGAAUUAUAGGCCCAUAUUUUGUGUGCAACACUUGUGGAAAUGUUGAAUUUAAGGUCAAAUCACUCAAUGGUGUAUCCAACGUGGGCAGUGUUACUCAGAAGUGGAAUGGUGUGUUAUCUGCAAUGAGUGAUGCUGACCACUUUGAAGUUCACUUCCCAUUAGACCUGGAUGUGAUGAUGAAAGCCAUCUUUUCUGGAGCUUGCUUCCUCAUGAUGACAAAUAUGAUGUUUCUGCCAUAUGGAAUUUCAAAUCAUCUGAAAAGGUUUGUUUCUACUACUGUUUUUUAGAUAAAACAUUAUUCAGUUAAUAUGGUAGCAACUGGGGGGGUGCCUUCAAGAUGGC